GUCACAUGACCAGUGCACAGCUGAGGGAUGCUGAGGUAGGCUUGCCCGUUGCUAGCCUGUUAGCUACGUUAGCUGUGUCUAGUAAUCCUGGCAGAGACGGCCGUAACUUUUCACCUUUUCAAACAAAAUCACCCGAGGGAGAUAUAGUACACGCCAUGGAUAGGAUGCAGCGCAUGUGUUCGUCUUUUGUAUCCCCUCAUAUCAUCAGCUUUUGGUUCGAUGUCAAUGUCAUAGUGUGUAGCUAGUGCUGUCCAGUUAGCUCAGCUAGCCUGUGUCUGGUUAACGCAGGGCCAAGGCCAAGGCCAAGCGAGAAAAGGGAGGCCGUCGGGCAUUUGCUCUGUAGGUGGACAGAGGAGGAAAGGAGUAGGACAUCAGGUUUUGGAUCAGACCUUCUUUUGAAGUCGCCUCCACCAUCAUCUUCGUCACCCUCAGCUGAGCCAUGUCUUCGUCAGGGUGCUGCCACCUACCUGGCUCCCUUUGUGAUUACUCCGGGAAUGCCGAAUCUGAUGCCUCCAAGGAUUCGGAGGAGUCUGAUUCUGCCGCGCAGGCCCAGUACAUCGCCAAGGUUACGGCUAAAGAUGGCCGCCCACUCUCCACUGUUGUCAAAGCAGUGAGCUUGCAGAGUGAUGUGGGCAUGUGUCGGAUUUGUCAUGAGGGAGCUGGAGGGGAGACGCUGCUUUCACCCUGCGACUGCACUGGCACGCUGGGUAAAGUGCACAAGAGCUGCUUAGAGAAGUGGCUGUCCUCCUCCAACACCAGCUACUGCGAACUCUGUCACACAGAAUUCACUAUUGAACGACGACCACAGCCACUCACACAGUGGCUGAAGGACCCAGGCCCUCGCAGUGAGAAGCGCACGCUGCUGUGCGACAUGGCCUGCUUCCUUCUCAUCACGCCCCUGGCAGCCAUCUCCGGCUGGCUGUGUCUGAGGGGAGCCCAGGACCACCUGCAACUGAAGAGCAGACUCGAGGCUGUUGGCCUCAUCGCCCUCACCAUCGCCCUCUUCACCAUCUACAUCCUCUGGACACUGGUGUCAUUUCGGUAUCACUGUCAGUUGUACUCGGAGUGGAGGAGGACCAAUCAGAAAGUGCGCCUGCUCAUGCCCGACAUGAAAGGGGCGCACACCACCCAGCGUUCUGUGCCGACCAAGUCGACCAAGAAAAUGACUGAUGAGACCAUCGUAUGAGUGCGGAGUGGUGCCAAGAGGAGUAUUUAAAAUAACAGCCACUGAAGCACUCUCGAAAAAACAAAAUUAAUCAUAUUAAUGAACUUUUGCACUUCAUAUGGACCAUUCUGAGAGGAGAGAGCGACUUUCUCCUUCUGUUUUCUUUUAUUGAAGCACUUGAUGUAAACUACAACAGUAUUGGCCGACCACAAAAGUGGUUUUGGGAAGAAUUCAUUCCGGAGUCACAGUUGAUGUUGAAACACAGAGUUGUCACCGGACAGCCAGUGCUGGGAUGUGAACGACUGAACACAUGGACAAUGGACUAACCAGCCCAACUGUAUGUCCGUGACACAAGCUUAUGAAAUACUAAGACACAAGCUUAUGUAGCAGGAUAUAACUGAUUCAGCAUGCUACUACAGUAUAAUAUGAAACAUAUUCACUACCUAUAAUUCCCCCAUGCCCCUUCACAAUGUAUUUAGCUGUUUUUGAACAAUGGGCAGCCAAUAGCCCGGCAGAGGAUAAUAAUCUAAAAACACGAUUGACAAAGUCUAUCUGUGAAUAUUCUUUCUUGACAAGUAGAAGGCGACAGUUGCUCAUACUGACGUUCUUGUGUAUAAUCUGAACCCUAAAGUUUCCUGGUAAAGCUUUAUCAAUGAAAAUGUUCCUGUUUAGACAACAGCUAAGGCAUCACAUAUUUAUCACACUUGUCACGGGGUCAGUGAGGAUUGUAGUAUAUGGGAUAACACUAACUGCAGCUGUUAAACGGCAGUGCAGUAAUGUAUAAGGAAAUAGUAUUGAAGGUGUAGAAAAGUGUUUACAUUCUAAUUGGAUGACGUCUCUACUAUUGUCAUAAAAGUGCAUUAGCAAACAGCCCUGCUCCACUUGUAAAUGCACCAUUCAUUAAUUGAACUGCCUAGCAAUGACCAGUAGUUAUGUCCUACAUCACAAGAAAUGCAGUUUUAAAUAGAAGAGAUACAGUGUUCUGAAUAGUGAGAUUACAGACUUUUGUCCUAUAUAAAAACAGAUGUAUCAGAGCAGGCUGGUACUCGCGCAAAAGACAAAUGUGUUCUGAGAUGUUAAUCAAUGUAUGCAGCGUAUGCUAAACAAAGUAUUUUGUGUUAUUGUAGUCUUCCUGCUGCAUCCCCUGGAAAAGUUGGGUUAUUGUGCAAUAAAACACAAGGGACUCCUGGACUAAA